UGGAAGCAUAUAACGUCCCGUACAGUGUAAUAGGUUUUUCUCGACCUAUCCUAUACACUGGAUUUACUUCUGAGUUCGGAAAACACGUUUAGAAGCAACAGUUGCAUUCUGCCAUACCUGCAGCCACGAAUUGUUACUACAAUGUUGCAGACAAAGAUUCUGCUGCUGGUAGUCACGACAUCCGCGCUGUUCCUUGGGACAUGUGCUGCACCCUACCUGCUCCUGCAGCCUCGAACGAUGUCAUGGGCAUGGCCAACUAACAGUUACCCACCGGUCUUUGCGGUCUUUGCUCUGCACAGGGGGAAGGUAUUCAAUUCACUGCCAUCCGACUACGUCCUCGACACAGUAACACCUGCCGGUGACGACAAGUCUGCCCUACCAUCUAGCGGCAUUGAUGUCUACUACGUUCCAAAUACGGCCCCGCUCGGAGUAGCAAAUAUGUACGAUCUGCCAUCUGGGGACGGAAUCAUCAAAUCGAAUAGAACAGUGACAACACACCCCCACGCAUUGAUACCAACUUUGGGGGACGUGAUUGAAUUCAUUCCGUUUCUUCCAGUUGAAAUUAAUGUUCCUAAUGUGAUAUCAUCAAUGAUGAAUUUCUUUAGCUGGAUGAUUAACAGACGACCACAGGACCAGACGACCCCCAGAAUUUAUUUCGUGCUUAAAAAAUGAUCAUGAUUACGGAGUGUAUCUGUUGAGCAUGGUGAUAGCACUGUCAGUGUUCCUUCCAAUAGCCAACCUUCACACGCUGCUACAAUAGCGCGAUUGUCGCAUCUUGUGAAUCGUACACAUGUCCGUUGCAAACUACGAACAGGAAGGAACAUACACCACUUAUACUCUGAACAGCUUCGGUGAAUAAUUUCGGUGAACACAAAUUCUGUACUGACGUACGAGUGGGUGAUCUAGGUAACUUCAAAUGUUACCUCCUUUAUGUGUGUUCCGUUAGCGCUGCCAACAGUAACUAGUAUUUCAGAAAACAAGAUCCAAUGUCUAACGUUAGGAUUUACCUCCAAAAGCGAGUGCCAGAUAUGGCCUUUAGUUUUAUUUUCAAAUGUUAGGGAGUAUUGUUUUCACGCCCAAAACUCCUAGUGUUGGCAGCGCUAACGUGACAGAUAACAUGGCGGUAAAUUUUAAAGUUACUGGAACAUAGUACCAGACAUUAUUUCCUGUCUUUCCUUUGUUAAUUAAUUAAUUAAUUACUGUAUGUAGUGCCUGUGUUAUAAUGAAUACUGGAACUUCAGACAAACAAAAAGAAGAGCGCAUAUUUACUAAAUUAAAUUCAACAUCGAACAGGUAGAUAGCGAAUAAAAUAGACCAAUGCAGGCAGUUACUGAAGGUAUAAUUCAAGCCCGUAUGUAGUUAACGCUUCAUACUGCAAUCAUAAUUAUAUACAUUACCAACUUUACUGUUCAAUAAUGUAAUAUUUAUGGGUUUCGCUCGCCUGUUACAGUAAA